AUGACUAGGACGGGGAGGAAAGAAGUUAGCAGCCCCAAGGUUUUCGACAUGCCAGAGAAUGUUUCGUUCUUCAGGAACCACACAGAAGUGGACGUGCGGCCGGGGGCGCGUCCCGCAUGGGCUAUCACGGUGCUGGCCAGCGUGCUGAUCUUUACCACGGUGGUGGAUGUUUUAGGCAACUUGCUGGUUAUCAUUUCAGUGCUUAGGAACCGGAAACUUAGAAAUGUGGGGAACGUGUUCGUGGUGAGUCUGGCUUUUGCUGACCUGGUGGUGGCAUUCUACCCCUACCCCCUGGUGCUGUAUGCCAUCUUCCAUGAUGGCUGGUCGUUGGGAGAGACUCAGUGCAUGGUGAGUGGUUUCCUGAUGGGUCUCAGCGUCAUCGGCUCUAUCUUCAACAUCACUGGCAUCGCCAUCAACCGCUACUGCUACAUCUGCCACAGCUUUUCCUAUGACAAAUUCUACAGCUACCGCAAUACGCUUCUGCUGGUGGCCUUAAUAUGGCUGCUUACUAUCCUGGCCAUCAUACCAAACUUCUUUGUAGGGUCGCUACAGUACGACCCCAGGGUGUAUUCCUGCACCUUUGCCCAGGCUGUCAGUACAUCGUACACCAUCACCGUGGUGGUGAUCCACUUCAUCGUGCCCAUCGCCGUGGUUACCUUCUGCUACCUGAGGAUUUGGAUCCUGGUCAUCCAGGUUCGAAGGAAGGUGAAGUCGGAGGUGAGGCCCCGCCUCAAGCCCAGUGACAUGCGUAACUUCGUCACCAUGUUCGUGGUCUUUGUGCUCUUCGCCAUUUGCUGGGGGCCGCUGAACUUCAUCGGGCUCGCCGUAGCUAUUGACCCGGAGAGGGUGGCACCGCGGAUCCCUGAGUGGCUGUUUGUGGUCAGCUACUUCAUGGCAUACUUCAACAGUUGCCUUAACGCCAUCAUCUACGGCCUGCUCAACCAGAACUUCCGUAAGGAGUACAAACGGAUCAUCAUGUCCAUGUGGAUGCCUGGUCUGUUCUUUCAGGACACCUCGCGGGGAGGCACAGAGGCCUUGAAGAGCAGGCCCUCUCCUGGACCGGGACUCAAUAACAACGAUCACGUUGAGGGUGAGACAUUGUGA